AUGCGGCAAAAUCACCCCUCCAUGCCCGGCCUCUGCGUACAUACCUCGUUCCAACCACCGCCUCAUGAUCGUGCCUGCAGCGACUGUCCCACGGUUAGCCCGCUGAGCUCCACCGCAACGAGUCCCACUUCGUCGCCAACUUCUCCAUUCCGGCGCAUCUAUCGCCCUAUGUCAAAUUAUCGAUCGGACUCAAGCGAACCCGGCAGCCGCAGCCAAAGCCCAUUUCCAUUAUCCGUCUCUAGCUACCGGCGCCCCUCUCUUGUCAUUCUCCGUCGUCGCCCAUCCAAGGUCGACACCGCUCUAAGUGAAGAACGGUCUCGAUGUUAUGAGGAUGCAAUCGAGCGACAGGGCCUGGAACUUCUAGAACCUCGACCGGUGGAUCCGAUCGGUAUACCUAUGGACCUAAAUGCCAAUAUCUUUUCCUCUAUCGCCGGGGAUCGGUCGUCAGCGCAGAGUCACCAGUCAAGAGUGUCGCAACCGCGCUUCGUCAUGGGUGGAAUAGUGGAAGUUAUGGAGGGUCGAGCAUAA